CGUCUGGACCGAAUGGUAACAGAUCCUCUGGAAAAUCCUGAAACCGAAAAGUGAGCGAGCUUUCGGAGCUGGGAGGCAUUUUCCCCCUUCCCUCUUUUCUACUCCGGGACUUUCUGUCUGCACUACGCUGGGGCCUCCACUCCGGGGAACCAAAGUCGUCAGAAGUCAAAGGUCUUCCCGUGCUCCCGCCCUCGUGGGCAGCUGGCCGGCCGAGCUGCGAGGAUGGGCUCGGCUAAGAGCGUCCCGGCCACCCCGGCCCGUCCUGCGCCAUGCAACAAGCACCUGGCGCACGUAACAGACCCUCGUUCUCCCAGCGCAGGCAUUCUGCGCACCCCCAUCCAGGUAGAGAGCUCGCCACAACUAAGUCCACCUGCCAUGGAAUGGCAGCAGGAAAUGGUGCAACACCCUCAGGACUCAGAUCCCCGGUCUCCCACAUUUGGCAUCAUCCGGACACCCAUGAAAACCAGCACAGUAGACCUUUCAAACCAGCUGGUAAAGCAGCUUAGUGAGGCCUUUGGGGCUGAAGCCUCUAAGCCAGAGCAUUCCACUGAGCUGGUCCUACCUGUGAAGUUUUCAUCACAUCCUAAGCAGGACUUGUCUCUGGAUACUCCAAUAUUCCUUGAACGCCAGAAACUACCAGCCUCCCUGAACCAAACUGAAGUUUCCCGAAAACAGGCAAACACUACAGAAGUAACAGAACAGCCUCCAGCUCUUCGAAUGACCAGCCAGGACCCUGACAAGUUUUUCAGAGGCUCUGAGACUCCUUGUUCCUCAGGUUCUAGGCCCCCUAGAAGGAAACCUGCUGGCAAGGUCCUAGGGAGAUCACCCCUCACCACCCUGCAGGAUGAUAAUUCCCCUGGUCCCCUGAUGCCUCGGCAGAAUAAACGGUCCACAGUGCUGAGUGAGAAUGUGGGAGAAUGGAGAGAAGGGGCUAUUCUAGGAACUGGACACCCUUUGAAGAUCACUGGACGGGCCUGGGAUCAGGGUCAUAACAAAGAGAACCAGCAUUGUCCCUUGAUUGAGAACUAGAACCUAAUUCUCUCUACUGUAGAUUUUGGCGCUUCAUUUUAUCUCCUCUCUUAAUAGCCCUGAGAUGGAUCCAUUCAUUUAUCUUGCCUCCCCACAACUGAGGUAAUCCACUCUGAAGAAGAGUGUAUCUUGUCAACCAUUAUCUUCAUGCUCCCCUUAUCUCAUUCCAGAUAAUUCCCUCAUCCCCACUUGUACAGUAUGUAUUUGAUGUGUGUAUGAUUUCUUUUAUAUUAAAGAAAAUGUUGAAAAAAUUAAAA